AUGAAGCUAAGUGUGAGUGCGUUUCGUGCGCAAGCGACGGCGCACAAGAAGAUUCUGACGUCAUCGUACCAGCAACACUACGGCAGUACCGCGGCGCCGCCCGCGUGCACCAACUUUACGCCGACGCAGUUCCACACCUUUGAUCCAGAGCAAGAGCAGGCAGAAGAAGGCACAGGUAGAACUUCUGAAGGUGAAGACAAUGAUGAGAGUGAGAUCAAUCUCGGAUCAUCCAGGGUCCUCUCAGCCGCCACCUCCAGAGAAGAAGACGACGAUUCCAGCAAUAAUGCCAGCAGUGAAAGCAAGAGUCCUGGUCAGAGAUUCUUGAGCAAGUUGACUCCAUUCGGCACGAAUGGAAGACAAGACGACAUAACAAAGUCCAACCAAAGGUGGAGGAAGCUUCGCACGACGGUGCAAAUUGGCUCGGCGAUCCAGAAGAAACCGACCUUGAAGAGAGAAGAUUCCUUCUUGAAGAGAUUCUCGACGAGGCAGACGCCGGCGACGCAGGAAACUGUGGAAGACACCGGUUCAGAGGGCGCCACCGGCGACGGCCACAGAAGUACGAACAGACAGAGGCGGCGGAAAGUCAGAGUUCCUAAAACUGUAGUGAAUCCGGACGAGAACUUCUACUUCUAUUGGUUGUGGCUGAUAACACUCUGUGUGCUGUACAACUUCUGGACACUAAUUGUGAGGCAGAGCUUCCCAGAGUUACAGAUAAUGUGCCACUACUUCUGGCUAACUUGCGACGGGAUCAGCGACGUGGUCUUCGCUCUGGACCUGGUGGUGCAGCUGCGGACUGGCUACCUGGAGCAGGGGCUGAUGGUAUACGACUCGAAGAAACUAGCGAAACAUUACCUGUCUUCGCGGUCGUUCCUGCUGGACAUUGCGUCCCUGACUCCGUUGGACCUCAUCCAGCUGAAGAUCGGCACCAAUCCUAUGAUAAGGUUCCCUAGGUUUCUUAAGGUAUACAGAGCAGUGAAUUGCUACUACAUAGUGGAGUCGAGAACGGUGUACCCGAAUUUCUGGAGGGUCAUCAACCUCAUCCAUAUCCUGCUCAUCCUGGCGCAUUGGUUCGGGUGCUUCUACUUCCUUCUGUCAGAGUUUGAGGGAUUUCAGGGUGACUGGGCGUACCCACACCGACCUGGUGACUACGCCACUCUUACCAGAAAAUACCUCGGCUCGCUAUACUGGUCCACCCUCACGCUUACCACUAUUGGGGAUCUUCCCACGCCUGAAACUAACUCUGACACUCAAGGAGGCCCCAAAUUUCUGCCACGGCGCGGGCUUAAAUCCCGCCUCCUCCAGUUCAAGUCAAACCGAGGGUACGUGUUCACUAUAGUGAGCUAUCUGAUUGGCGUGUUCAUAUUCGCCACUAUAGUCGGGCAGGUUGGCAAUGUUAUCACAAACAGGAAUGCCAACCGUUUGGAGUUCGAAAGACUUCUGGAUGGCGCCAAAACGUACAUGCGACAUCACAAGGUGCCAGGUGGGAUGAAGCGGCGCGUACUCCGAUGGUACGACUACUCGUGGUCCCGAGGGAGGAUCCAGGGAGGGGGGGACAUCAAUACCGCCCUGGGCCUCCUCCCUGAUAAACUGAAGACUGAACUAGCCCUGCACGUGAACCUGAGUGUGCUGAAAAAGGUGACGAUAUUCCAAGAAUGUCAACCAGAGUUCCUUCAUGACCUCGUGCUCAAAAUGAAGGCCUAUAUUUUUACACCUGGCGAUUCAAUAUGCAGGAAAGGUGAAGUAGCAAGAGAAAUGUUCAUUAUAGCUGACGGCAUCCUCGAGGUCAUAUCAGAAACCGGCCGAGUCCUGACCACCAUGAAAGCAGGGGACUUCUUUGGAGAAAUAGGGAUACUUAAUUUGGACGGAUUAAACAAACGCACAGCAGAUGUCCGCUCGGUUGGUUAUUCGGAGCUAUUCUCCUUGUCCCGGGAAGACGUGCUGGCCGCCAUGAAGGACUACCCAGAAGCCCAGGAGAUCCUGCAGACCCUGGGCAGGAAGCGGCUGCAGGAAGCCAAGAAUAUGUCCAGGCAAAAAGUUAAAGGGGAAGUUAGUCCAGACAAAAUGGGUGAAGAUAGCACUUCAAAGAGGAUCGUCCAUAAACUGAGAAGUGAUGUCAAGGGUAUCCGCAACGCAAUCCGUAGCAGAUCAAGAGCCGGGCGUCGUUCUGGCGAAUCCCUUGAGCUGCAAGCCUUAGCUGGUGCCGAACGAGCGGCCACAGACGGAAAGGUUCUGAGGAGGAUGCCAAGGGUCGAGAGCGAUGAUUCACAUACACAUGCCCAUGAGGACAACAACGGUGAAACUACGUCAGGUGAAAAAUGCAUAUCACCAAUUGGUGCUGGUCUUCCUUUGCUAACACGACUGAAGAUGCUUAAAGAAAAACAGGAUCGUGAAGAAAAAGUUGCAAAACAGAGGCAUUCCUCAUCACCUGUCUCUUUGAAUCAACCCACACCAUCGACCAGUUCCGCUCCAGAUGGUGAACCGGAAGUAGUAGGAGCUGGCCUCCCUCUUAUUCAAAGACUAUUGCUACUCAAAGCCAAAGAAGAAAGAGAAAAGAACCAACUCACUCCAACAACAAGCAACCAACCAUCUAGUUCCGAUACAAUAAGUCCAAGUUCAAUUAAAAGUCCUUUAAGUCCAACAAUAAAAACUUUAAGUCCGAUAAGAAAAGGUUCAGAAUCUAGCUCCCCAGGAAAACUACAGAGUCCUACAACAAAAACAUCGAGAAAAAAUUCCUCGGGUUCAAGUGACGGCACUUCACGGCCAAAAGUCAGUUUUAGAGAUAAAAUACUACAAGUUCAAAGUGAUGGUACUGCGGUUUGUCAGCCACUCAACAAAGACGUGAGUGAAAAGCCAGCGGCUGUAGUAGAACCUACGCCAAAAACAGAAAGUAAUUUAAUAUCCAUACCCCAUUCGGUAGUUAGCAAAAUAAAGUCACCAGCAAAAUCAGUUGGUUCUACAUUCAGAGACAAGUUAAAAUUAUUACAAGGCGGUCAAAAAGAAUCUGAUAAUUCACAAGAAAAAAAUAAAUCUUCGUCAUUAGAUAAAGCACCCGUUGAAAUCACUCCUGUACAAAGUACAGAAACAAAAGAAGAAGCAAAACCAAAGAAGCCUUGGUCUAAAUUAAAGAAAGCCGCGAUAUUAGGAGAGUCUAAAAGCCAAAGUAAAUCUAGUGUAGAAGAGAAAAAAGAUAGUGAGAUUAAAGAUGAAAGUAAGGCAGAAGCGGUUGUAAAUAUAAGUGUUACUACGGCGGAGCUUGUUAAAAUAGACAAUAAUAAUCUUCAAAUUUGUAGUGAUAAUGUUAAGCAAGAUAAACCUAAGAUUUGCUUAACAGGCCCUUUGGAACCCGUCCAAGAAAAAUCUUUAGAUUUAUUAACUCUAUCGCCAAAGAGAAGUUUCAAAACUGUUGAACCAAAGGUAAUAAGUUCUGGGACACUUUUACCAAAAGUUAAAAAAUAUAAGUCCAUCGAUGACUUGUCACCAGAAUAUGGCGGAUUACCCUUUGUAAAAAAAUUAAAGAUAUUAAAUGAGCGCCAAAAACUGGCUGAAUUAGAAAAGGUUGUCAAAAUUCGUAGUUCAAGUCUAGAUUGUACGAGUUCUUCUGAAGAUUUACUCGCCGACACUCUGACCAGAAGUCAUUCUGAAGGUAGUACAAUGGACAAAAGAAAAUAUAAGAGAAAAUCAAUAGACUCUGUGAGUAGUCAUGGAUCAAACGAAACGCUUGAAAGAAAAACGCUUAAAUCGAUAUUAAAGAAACUUUCGGAGGACGUUACUCCAUCCGAAAGUCCCGAAAGAAAUAACGAAAUAAGAAGAUUGAUCCGAGCACCUACUUUAGAAGGAUAUGCUGCGAGGCAUUCUAAGUUUGCUAAAAGUGUAACCUUUCAUCGUCACACCCUACCUUCACCUCCAGGCAGUGCGCCAGCCGACGCCAGACCUGGAAUAUUUCAAAUGCCUGAUCCAGCUGCAGAACUUACAAUAUCUACACAAACUACUUUAGAAACAGAAGAAACAGUUUGUACACCAAACCAAAUAGCUAGAAAUGCUAAUGAAACUGUAGUUACAUCACAAGAAUUAAACAUAAGAGCUGAAUACGAAUUACAAAAUUCAGAUCAAUUAUAUGAUUUCAAAACAUUGAGACCGGAGGAAAUAAAAGUGCCUUCAGAGAAACCAAAAUUAACGCUAAUAUCAGCGGUAGCAAAUCAAAGAAAACUAUUGCGAGGUUCCCUUGAAGAACAAGAAUAUUUCGGAGAAGUUCUAUUAGGUAUUAAGCAAGUCAUACAAGGCCAUUUACAUGAUGUCCAAGGAAAAUUCCAAGAAAGAUUCAACAGCUUAGAAAACGAAGUAAGAAAACGAGAUGAAAUAAUAUCGCAACUCCAAAAACGCAUUCAGGAACUUGAAAGACUUGGUCUUCCAGGAGUACCUAAUCAAGUAGCUGAAUCAGAACAAGUACCUAACGAGGAAAAUGUGGCAAGUCAACCUUUGAAAAAUGGUAGUUCGGGCAGUGAAGACCUUUCUGGUGCUGAAGAAGGUUUUAUGAGGGGUGAUUCACUGGACACUGUUUUCGCCACAUCACCUCCAACUGUUAGUGUCGAUGAUGAAGAAAAAGAAAAACCUGAGGAACCUGAAACUGAAGUAGAUCCAACUACGUUAUCAACAGAGGAACUCACAGAAGAAAAACUUACUGAAAUCACUGAAUUAGAACUGGGGAAGUUGUCUUAUUCAGAAUUGCAGAGUUUAGCUGAAUCUCUAUCGAGUAGAAUGGAUAAAACGUCUUCGAAUAAGGAAGAGUGGACGGCGAGCAAAUCGAAGAGGUUGGAUCUGAAUUUGGAUGGAAAAGCCGGGACAUAUUCGAGAAAGCGAGCAGCCAAGCUGAGGCAGAGGAAGUCGUGGGAAGAUCAAAGUGACCAGGAGAGCAUGGAGAUGCAUGAUCUGACUCGGCCAAUGUCCCCACAAAUGACGGCUGAAGAUCGUUCCCUGCUGAGUCCCGAGCAAUCGUCACUGGGAGCAACACGCCGCGGGAUCCAUCCCUUCCAUUUCUUUGGGUCCCAUCUGGAUACCACCAAGUCGAAGAUCAAAAAAACUUUGUCGGUGGACACCGGGAUGCAUCACACUGGACGGAACGAGAGAAGACCUGAGCGCCAUAGCCGGCAGCAUCGCAAGUUCAGUUUAGGCUCGAUCUUCGGCUACAAAAGCGGGGCCACUGCCCACAAGCCUAGCUGUAACGAAGUCAUCUUGGACAUCGGCAGUGAUUAUAGUUGGAGCGAUACGACAUCAACAUCAUCUAGCAGCGAUUCCGAGUCAAUCCCGCGCACGCCCAUGUUUGAGGAGUUUGUGGAGAACACCAGGAGAGUUCGCGCCGGAAGUUCCAGUCACGAUAGCUUGUCUCCUAUCAGAGCAAGUGGAGGAGAUUGGGAAGUGAUGAUGUUAGCCGAUGAGCUGGAGAAGAGGGAACGAGAGAAAGAAAGAGAAGAAGCGAGACGGCACCACUACCCAACCACGCUGAGAGAUUUGGAAGAGGAAUCUGACACUCCCCAGCGCGACGACAGCCCCGACGAGUACUCCAACAUGGAGGACUCUAACUCCUCAUCCACGACACAGCUUCUCUCGCAGUCUAUCAGCGACCCCUCACAAAGGUCCUUGGAGACCUCCUUCACGGAGGGAAGGUCUGGGAGGGAGUCGAGGCAGCAACGAGGUGGAUCUUUGGUGGAAGCGGUAAGACCCGAUUCGUCCCUUCGCCAAUCAAGAGGUCUGAUACUACGGGCAGCAAGUCUGGACCGAGAGACCACACCCACCACCUCCCAAACCAGGAGAUUUGGCUCCCUCAAGAGUUCCAGUACAGAUUCCCACAAGAGACUCUGA